CCUCGGCGACCUGGGCAGCCGGAAGGGAGCAUGGCGGCCGCGGGGGCCGCGGCUACGGACCUAGAGGUGAUCCGGGGCAAGCGUGCCGCGCUGUUCUUCGCCGCGGUGGCCAUCCUCCUGGGACUGCCGCUCUGGUGGAAGACCACGGAGACCUACCGUGCCCCGUUGCCUUACUCGGAGAUCAGUGGGCUGAACGCCCUGCAGCUCCGGCUCAUGGUGCCAGUCACAGUUGUGUUUACUCGGGACUCUGUGCCCCUGGACGACCAGGAGAAGCUACCCUUCACCGUUGUCCACGAGAGAGAGAUCCCUCUGAAAUACAAAAUGAAAAUCAAGUGCCGAUUCCAGAAGGCCUACCGGAGAGCCUUGGACCAUGAGGAGGAGGCACUGUCGCUGGGCAGUGUGCAUGAGGCAGAAGCCAUGUUAGCCGAGCCGGAGAAGCAAGCAGAGGGCUCCCUGACUGUGUACGUGAUCUCAGAACACUCCUCCCUUCUUCCCCAGGACAUGAUGAGCUACAUUGGGCCUGAGAGGACCGCUGUUGUACGGGGCAUAAUGCACCGGGAAGCCUUCAACAUCAUUGGCCGACGCAUAAUCCAAGUAGCCCAGGCCAUGUCUUUGACAGAAGAUGUGCUUGCUGCUGCUCUGGCUGACCACCUCCCAGAGGACAAGUGGAGCUCUGAUAAGAGGCGGCCUCUCAAGUCCAGCUUAGGCUAUGAGAUCACUUUCAGCUUACUCAACCCAGACCCCAAGUCCCACGAUGUCCACUGGGACAUUGAGGGGGCUGUCCAGCGAUAUGUGCAGCCUUUCCUGAAUGGCCUCAGUGCUGCUGGCAAUUUCUCUGUGGACUCUCAGAUCCUUUACUACGCCGUGUUGGGAGUGAACCCCCGCUUUAACCCAGCCUCAGCCAGCUACUACUUGGCCAUGCACAGCCUCCCCCAUGUCAUCAACCCAGUGGAGUCCCGGCUGGGGUCCAGCGCUGCCUCCCUGUACCCUGUGCUCCACUUUCUCCUCUACGUGCCGGAGCUCGCCCACUCGCCCCUAUACAUUCAGGACAAGGAUGGGGCUCCAGUGGCCACCAAUGCCUUCCACAGUCCCCGAUGGGGUGGCAUCAUGGUAUACAACGUCGAUCCCAAGAUCUAUAACGCGUCAGAGCUGCCGGUGAGAGUUGAGGUGGACAUGGCGCAGGUGAUGGAGGUGUUCCUGGCUCAGCUGAGGCUGCUCUUCGGGAUUGCUCAGCCCCAGGUGCCUCCAAAAUGCCUGCUUUCAGGACCAAAGAGUGAAGGAUUCAUGACCUGGGAACUGGACCGACUGCUCUGGGCUCGCUCAGUGGAGAACCUGGCCACGGCCACCACUACCCUCACCUCCCUGGCCCAGCUUCUGGGCAAGAUCAGCAACAUUGUCAUCAAGGAUGGUGUGGCUUCUGAGGUAUAUAGGGCUGUGGCUGCAGUCCAGAAGGCCACGGAGGAGUUAGCCCUUGGGCACCUGUCAUCUGCCUUUGUGGCCAGCCAGGAAGCCGUGACGUCCUCCGAGCGUGCCUUUUUUGAUCCCUCCCUCCUCCACCUCUUGUAUUUCCCUGAUGACCAGAAGUUUGCUAUCUACAUCCCACUCUUUCUGCCUAUGGCUGUGCCCAUCCUCCUGUCUCUGGUCAAGAUCUUUCUGGAAACUCACAAGUCCUGGAAAAAGCCUGAGAAAAUAGACUAAGCCAGGCAUCAUGUCAGAGGAAGCCUUCCUGUCUGGCCAAGCUGGGAGAUGUCUCA